ACAUAUCACCAUCAACAUGAUGAUCGUCAUCAGAGCAUGCGCCAAUUCCUGGUUUUGUGCAGGAUGCAGCCGGGUGUCGGCUGGGUGCUGCUGGUCCUAAUGGUGUACGAGGCCGCCAGUCAAGAACAGGAGAACUGUCCAGCAUUGUACCGUCGCUACAGUGCGAAGCACACCUUCUGUGCUGUGCCCCUCAAGUCGUGCCAUGUCCUCGAUAUCGGCGUGGCCGACAGAGACAAGGAGAUCAUUAUUGACAUGCACAACAUGCUACGCAGCCGCAUUGCGAGGGCCGAAGGAGGUUACGAUAUGCCGGCGGCGGCAGACAUGAUGCAAAUAGAAUGGAAUGACGAGCUGGCUGACGUGGCUCAGAAGCUUGCAUCUCUGUGUUCUGUCAAAACUGACUGUGCAGACUGCAGGCAAGUAGAAAACUUCGCCGUGGGUCAGAACAUAUGCAACUACAAGGUGCGGUCGAAGGCACCACCGGCCAUCUACUGGCGCUCAACUAUCAACUUCUGGUACGAAGGCAUCAAGCAGUUCCCCGUCGAUUUUGUGGAGCAGUACGCGUACAAGACACUCUACGGGACUUUCACGCAGCUCGCAUGGGCAUCUACGUGGCAAGUUGGCUGUGGCUAUGCUCUUUUUACUAAAGGCAGCUGGUACGUGCAGUCCUACGUCUGCAACUACGGUCCCGCGUGA